CGCUGCCUCCUUAUGACGUACUUCGUCACCGUGGCGGUAGCCUUCCUGCUGGAGCUGCUUGUGCUGGCUCUAGGCAUCACUUACCGCGCGGAGCUGGCGGAAAUCCUGCACUCGGAGCUGCUGGCCGGUCUGCGCCAGCACCUGAGCGCCACUGGUGGCCUGGCGCUGGCGUGGGACCACAUCCAACGGCAGUUCGACUGCUGCGGAGUGGACUCUUACCGGGACUGGCUGGCCGUCAGAAGCGGCCCCAACAGGCCGGCUGUGCCGGAAGCCUGCUGCCGGCCGCACGUCGACAGCACAGAAUGCAUUCAGAACCCUCAUCCGUCAAACUGGCGAUCCACCGGCUGCUUCGAAAUGAUCUACAUCUGGUUCUUGGAGCGGCUACAUGUGCUGGGCCUUACGGCCUUAGCUGUUGCCUUCGUGCAGCUGUUCGGUCUGGUCUCGUCGAUGAUGCUGUACUGCACGAUCGGGUACAAGCGGCGGCGAAUGUAUACGUACAAGUCGUACGACUGCACCUCCUGACGGCUGACGCCUGAUCGCGGACUGAUGUGGACUGAUGUGGACUGAUGUGGAGCGUGGAGACAGUGCUUACCUGAGGCUUUAAUAUUUGGUGAAUGUGUGGAUCACGAAAGGACGAUGCUCUACGGCAAUACGUCUGGUAAUUGUCUGAAGACGCCUAUCGAAUACCAAGUUACAUGGCUGUGAUAGUGACUUGUGCCGCGAAUGAGUGGAGUAAACGUGCAAUGCAGUGAUAGCAUUAGUUUGCAUGCCUACAGUAUUCAGUAAAAUGCGGGGCGCUGUUUGUUACAUGUACCUGUAGGUGCUAACGUAUCUUAUAACUGCAUUCAACGCGUUUUUGGUCGAGGCAUUCAAAUCAAUAACUGUACGUACAGGUGCUAACAUAUUUUAUAAAUGCAUUCAACACAAGUUUAGUCGAGGUAUUCAAAUCAAUAAAUGUACCUCUAGGUACUAACAUAUCUUACAAUUGUAUUCAACACGUUUUUAGUCGAGACAUGCAAAUCGAUUCGGCGUAGUGACGUCUGAUUGCGUGGUUUCUAAAGGAGACGGCUUAUAUUCUUAUCUGAUUGGGUUACUUGGCAUGAUCGAUUCGUGUGGUUUUGCCACCUGCUCCAAAUAAAUUGUCGUUAGUUAAUUGCUUGACACUGUCGAUUUUUUUCUCGUGUGUAGUGGUCUUGGUCUUGUAUGCAGAAUAUUACAAAUUCAAUGACAAUAAACAUCCAAAGAA